UUGGAAAUUUCGGCACUCAGUGUCUACCUUCCUGCGUUUUGCAUUCACUGCCAUUGGAAUUUUUUUCUUCGAUUUUAUUUCGAAACGCCUCCGAGUUCCUUGUGUGGACUGAGAGCUCCCCCUACUGUGGACGGGUAGAUGAGACCUCACAGUGCCACCAUGCUAACGGUGAAGGUGAAGACAGAGAAAUCAGAUCUAGAAGCCUCCACCGCUCGCGAUCGACUAGAUGCUGUUCUGCAGUGCUUGGUUGAAAAGAGUGACGUGGAGAGGGACCAGACUGAAGAUGAAGCUGUGAAGCCGGUGCUCUCUGACCUGCAGAGCAAGGACUGCUCUCCACCGACAGCAGGAAAACGAUCAUCCACACGCUUCCCCCACCAGAGGAGAAAGAGGAGGAAGGAGAUGGACGAUGGCGGCUGUGAGGGAGCCCUGCAGAGACCCAAUGCCUACACCAUGAAGCUGUUCGACCGCAGCGUGGACCUGGCACAGUUCACCGAGGACACCCCCCUCUACCCCAUCUGCAGGGCAUGGAUGAGGAACAACCCCAGCCAGCGCGAGGGAGCUCGCAGCCCCAGCCCACAGCCGCCCCCCACCCUGGAAGAUGAGGAGGUAGCUGAGCUGAAUGGCAAGGGUCAGGACAUCUACAAAAUGCCAUUGCCCACGGCCCGCUCAGCCAGUGCUGGCGGGAACACCCUUAGCCUCCGCAUUCCCUCACCACUUCCCUCCAACGAGAAACCGCUGGACAUCAACAUGAGCCGUUUCUCUGCCCCGGGUGUGCCCACCCUCCUCUAUAACCACAUGGAACGUUGGAAGAAGAUUCGUCAGAGGUGGAAAGAGUCCUCACACAGGAACCAGCAUCGUUAUAUGGACAGCAUGAAGAUACUGAAGGAGAUGUUUGAACGGCAGUGAAGGGGGCAGCAAGACUACAGUGAGAGCUCCCACCACUCCUUUCUCCUGACUCCCAGGAUGAGGCAGGCCUUCACCAGCCGGACCCUCCCUGGACUACCCCCCACCCCCAUCACAUCCAACCAAGGGAGGUUACAUGAAAGCUCGCUUCCAUGCCAAUCUGACACCUCAGACCUGUCAAUGCUCCAACCCUAAGAGUUCACCUUCCCCAGAUGCAGCUCGGAGAUUGUGGGGGGGAGUGAAAAUCGGCCAAGGUUCCUGCUCCCUAUCACUACUCAGUGACCCCUGGGUUAGAGAGAGAGGGGGAAUCAGCCGGAAUUCCUGCUCCCCAUCACUGCCUCAAAAAAGGAUAUGUGGGUGGGGUGUAUUAGCCCGCCACUGUGAGUUGCCCCUGGUUGUGUGGUUGAGGAGUGGAGUGUGGGAUGUAAUCAAUAGGAAUAUGGGUUUCAGGGUGGAUUGAUGGCCAGCACGGACUCAGUUGAGCCUAAGGGCCAGUCUCUGUGCCUUAUCUCUCCGACUGUCAAACUCCAACUCACUCUGACCCAUCGGUUCGAGUGUGCAGUGAUUUCAGUCCCCAUCUCCCUCAAUCUCCAUGACCCACUGUUCUCUCCCUACAUUGAUGACGAGUUCCCCUUCCCUCCCGGUGCUAGUGAGAGGGGAAUAGUGGUGCUGAGAGGAAAUGCCCCGUUCUUCGAGUUGCAGCUACUGCCUCGGGGACCUGGCUAUGUAUAAAUCGAACACAGAAGUGCUUGCUUUUUUGACAAGAUUGUUAAUAACAUUGGCUCUGUAACUUUGCCCUUCUGAGGUAAGCGACAUCCUUUAAAUUUAAUUCCUUGUAGCCGCCCCCCCAGCCCCGGCAAGCCUCAGGGUCGUUCAACUUGCUGUCGUCUAGGGAAACAGCCCCACCAAACUGGGUAGUUAAGUUCGUGUGGAUGCUGUGUGAUGUACCCCACCCCACCAGAUAACAGACAAUACACCAUAUGUGAUUAAAUGAAUUACAGUUUAUAGAUAUUACUGGAACUAUAUAAUUAAUAGAGAUAAAAGGAAAAUAAAAGAUGGCACACCUAUCAAAGUUCAAUCUCUUUGUGCACAAACAGUUGGAGCUCUAGUAACGAUCCUCUCUUCACCAUUCAAUCCCCUCUGACCACCUCGACCCGCCGCCUGGGACCAACCAUGGUGGUGGACUAGACGUUCCACACGAGUCUGUCUCCGUCUCCUCUUCUCGCCGAAAACCCUGGACCUCGGACUCCUGCUCAGGGUCUGACCCCGUUAGCCAGCUCACAGCACCUUGUCCAUUCUCUCUCUCUCCAUCGCACCUUCUGCCCAAAAACCCGUGCAUCACAAUAACUUAUAGACACACUAGAAAGAAUAACAUCUAUCCCAAUUGGUUCGUUCGCUCUGUUAUCAAUAAUAUAAGCCAAACAAGCUGCUAGCGAGAGAACUUUCUCAGCAUUUAACAUAAUAAAGAAACCAUUUAAUUAGCCUAUGCAGUAGCAUAAAAGAAGAAACCCCUUACAUACUUAAGGCCAUCAUACCU